AUGGCUCAAGAUCCGGAAAACCCCGAAGCUGAAGCUGUUGUCGCGGCUGUGCAGGCUAAAGAAGACGAUGUUGAAGAAAUUAAUGCUUUUGCUGCAAACGCGGCUCCUCCUGUUGCCCUUGGUUAGCUUUCUACCUUUUGUGUUCGUUAGUUUCCAAGCUCGUUCCCGGUUCACCUUUGUAUUUUUUAUCUCGGCUUCCUCGCCUUACCGUUCGUGUCGUUAUCAUUUAUGUUUUACUCUUGCGUGGCACUUAGUUUCCGUUUUUUUUUUUUUUGCCGUGUGUUCGUACGUUAAUUUGUUCUACGGAUGUCGUUCGCCUGUGUGCCGAAUUUGUCCAGUUGAGUCUGUGUGACCAGUUUACUUUAUGUUCUUGCGUGUUUAUGACUUGCAUUAGUCUUGGUACGCUGCGUGAAGAUUUGAUUUGCGUCUAUGUGACGAGCUUUGGUACUCUGUGUGGAGAUUUGAUUUGCGUCUGUGUCUUUGCAAACUACUCUUAAUGCUUAAUGCUUAAUGCUUGGAACAGUUGGCUAUCACGCUAUUUUGGUCAACUGACGUAGCGUUGUGUUCUUUAUAUUAUCUUACCGUUGCAUUCUUACUAAAGCUAUGUGUUAGGGCGACUGUUUGUGUAUUUCUGGUGUCCUACUUGCGAAGUAUCACGUGUUUUGAAGCUCGCAAUAAAAAGUUGGUCCUUCAUGAACACAGGGCUUGAGCUUUCUUCCCCAACCACCCGGACAAAAGACGUAUUUACGCAAUUAACAAACGGUGGCCUCCUUUGGCGAAAUCUGCUACGCUUGCCUAGGUGGUUUGCAGCUGCUUGCGGUUAAGGAAGAGAGAGACGUCACAGCACAUAUCAGGAAAAUCUUUAUAGGCGGGCACUCAUCUGGGAGAUCGGCGAAAGAGCCCUUUUCUGAUACCUGGAAAGAGUCGCCCCGUGCUCAUCGCCCGUCGCCAUAAUUUGCAGGUUCGUUUUGUCAUAAAGUACUAUUGGCCUAAAAUGAGGUUAAUAAAAAACACAUUGAGGUUAAAAAGAUCCUGAAGCAGUGCUGACAUCAUGCUGAUGUAAAAAAAUCAACUAAUGUGUAAUAAUGAUGCUUACAUAGUAUCGAUUUCGGUAGCUCGCAAAAUGCAAUUAAUUUCUUCUUUCCCGUUAGAAGGGUCUGAACACGCGCGAAGGACAGACAUAAAAUUAUCUGGGCGCUGCGAUUUAUUUUGGUCAUUCUUCAUCCAACCCCGUCACUUUUGCGCGACGACAAAAAGAUGUGUGAUUAAGAACCUGAAGCGAAAGCAAGUCAAGUAAAACACUGCUCUCAGCUCCGCAAAGAAUAAAUUUGCACGAAAUUCAAAUUCUCCCGUCGGUGAAACUUCAUUAUUCACAGUGCAAUUUAGCACUCCCAACCACCCCCGCCCCCCUGGUUCGCAAGUUUGUCACGCCAAAGGUUUCCGAUUAUUCAAACAAACUUCUGCUUGGUCUGGGCAGGUGUUACCUGGAACAAAGAGCCUAUUGUUGAACGUUAAUUGGGAAAUUCAGCUCGAUACGAUGGACCAUUUCUUGAUACGGUGGUCUAGGGCUGCGCGCCCGACCUUCUUACAGGCAGAAUUGGGUAACCCCCACACAAUGAUUUCAUUGCAGGCGGGUUACUUAUCACGUUAGACAGUGCCCUGUGCUAAGUCUAGUUGUAAGCAAUAACUUGUACUUUUUGUCUUUGUCACAUCAACUAGCGUAAAUCUCUUUAAGAAAUUAGAGUGGCUCCCAUUUUAUGACGAAGCCAAAGUUAACAAGUGUUCGUUUUAACGAUAUGUCUUUUUGGUUCUUCAUUUUUUAAUUUUUGUUGUUAUAGCUUUAAGUUUGAGGGCCACUAGUUAUUCAGUUGAAGUACUGUCACGUGUUACCCUCGUUAAAUAAAGUUGAUUAUGGCUUUUCCCCUUUCCUAUCAUUUCGUUAGUUAGUUUUGCACUCGUUUUUUAUUUGUAGGCCUCGCCCUGUGACGAGGCUCGUUGCGAUUUCCUCCUGGAUCAGAUAUCACUUUAUAUUAUCCGGUGGUGCAAUCGGGAAGAGGAAAGUCUCGAGUUGCAGGCCCUCUCACUUCCCCUUCCAUAAGGAUAUCGGUGAACUUUAGAACUUUACGCUAGUUUUCCCGUGAGAUUGUUUCACUUUUCUCUCCCUCUUUAGCCAUCGUGCUAGGACUGCCGAAAGUUUUCAAUAAACUUUUUCUUUUGUAUUUUGGGGAGAGUUACGUGUUUUUUGUUUAUUGUGGUAGCUCGGAGUCAGUUUGCCCUAAGUUCUAGGGAAGUGGCCGCCGUAGGGCUCGCCUCUUCCCAUAACUCAUCCCAACCUGGGGGCGUUUGGGAGUGGGGGCUCCCAGUGAGAAUUUAUUACUAAGUAUACUUGGAACCUACUUUGAGUGUGAAGGGGUAAAAUGUACCAACUUUACUUGGUGACGAUGGAAACGUUCGUAGUUCAAAGAAGCCAAAGUUAGCCCCAAAGUAUGGUCAACACCACACUCUAGAACACACUUGACCAAUAAGAAAUGAAAGCCAUGUGCACGAAGUGCGCUUGCAGUAGUUCCAAGAUUCUAAUGAACUGGAGAGAUUAACAGCUUUUACUUCAAGUAACAGACUUUGUCAACAAGUGGGAACUGAGCCAUGCUUUCUACCGAGCGACUUAAGAUUUCCAAGUGCACUUGAAUCAAGUACUUACCUGAAACUGACUUCUCUUUUAGUAUGAAGCCAACAUUUAUUUAAUUUUUAAGGGCAAGAGACUGAGAUGACUGUCUAACUGGUAAAUAACGCACGCGCUGGUUGUAGAAUAACUGAACAAGAAAUUCCAAAACUGUACGGUCCAUAGCCUAGUAAAGUAUUAAAGAUUUCUUCUGAAGUAUGUUCCAAAGUCCAUAAAAUGGCCGCGAAAGAACGCACACGCAUACCAUCCCUGAUCAAACUAGCUCCUCGCGAACGUUAAAACAUCACUGUGGCCUAAAUAAAGCUAAGAAUCAAGCGGUGGCUUCAGCAUCAGCGAAUUGGUCGAGUUUUCUUUCUCCGAAGUUACUCCAGUUAUUCAAGCUUAGAUUAAAAGUCCCACAAAAUUCUAAGGGAUUCGGUCAGUGAUAAGCUUAAAUGAUCAGUGAAGUCAAAACCCUCUGUUCAUCGGGAUAAAAGGAACAAAAGACGGAAACAAAAAUUCCUCAAAAAUUUCUCACGUUAUGAUGACUUGCUGAAGCGUUACCAGUUGAUGCAACUGCCACCCGCUGAAACAUCCAAAGCAUCCAAAGUCAAAUCCAAAACUUCCCUCACUUUCCACCAUUGUGAUCAUCGUGGAAAAUGCAUUAGUAACCACGUCUUUGUCCUUGUAGAAAAUGUGACGUCAAAGUAGGAAUCUAUAGGAAUUGGUAGUUAUCGACAACCAUACAUGGUGCCAAGGAAAAUUUAAUAAUUCUGUUACGCUUUUCGCGGUAUGUCCUAUAAUUAUAAUUAUCAUAACCAUAAUUAUUCAGAUUUGAAACUCAGCCAAGGAUACCUGUAAUGAAAUCUUAAUUUUUAAAACAGCAAUAUUUUUAUCAAAAGAGUUUCACUUCACAGAUGCCUGAAUCUUGAUUUUAGUCCUUGGCCGAUACAGACACACCAAAUUUCCUUAUUUCCUAUUGAUUCGCUCCAGGGACAUUAAGUUGUGAGAAAGAGAGCUAUGAUUGAAAUAGUCAGAGAUGCUCAACAGCAUUAAUCUAGAUACCGAAAAACACUAACGGAAAAACAGUUCAUCAGAGUUUCAGAGGUGCUUUCAUUUUCUACCAGUAUACUAUCAGCUAUACAAUCAGUUUACAUGAAUGCAUUUAUUCAAACUUGCAUAUUUAUGAGCGAAUAUUUUAUUCUUUAGCUCGAAACCCAGAACUAAAAGUACAGAAGAUCGAAACACUCUCCUCAGCACGUCAAACGUUUUGAUCUUUACAUUAAAUUGGUGAAGGCAAAACCAUCAAAACACUUUCAAAAACUUUUGGUAGACAAUUUGCAGUACUCGAAGAGGAAAAACCGCACCACCAAGCCAUAAACACCUACCUCAAGAUGAAAGGGUUUAUUUUCCUUGCUGUUCUUGCUACGUCAGUCUAUUCAAAAAGGGUCAGCUACAAAAAUUGUUCAUCGCAAAAGCAGCUUGGAGAGACCAUCUAUGUGGAUGUCACCCCUUGUGAUGAAGAUCCCUGUAUACUCAAAGCAGGCGAUAACGCAACCAUUACCACCAGUUUUAAGCCGUACGAAACUGUCACAAGCGCCAAGCUUUUCGCGUACGCAGACGACUAUCCAUUGCCGAUUCCGAAGCCCAAUGCAUGUGAUGGUCAUGGACUUGCCUGUCCGCUGAAGGUUAACACACCCGUGAAUCUUGUGUUCAGCCAGGAAAUCAGGGAGUAUUACCCAUCUGGUACAUACACGCUGGAAGCCGGGUUAAAGGAUCAAAAUGGAGUUAUAAUUAUUUGUGUCGUCUUUCACUUGAAAAUUGUAUAA